UGUUGCUGCAUCUCUGCGACACCUGCCCCUCUUAUCGCCGCCUUGUAUCGUCUAGGUCGUCCUGUGGCCCACUGGACUUUUUUUAACUUUGUGGACUCCUGCCCAAUUUAUCCGCAACCUUCCCCGCACUCCUGCGGUCCGGAAAGCGAAGAACACCAUUCUAGGAUUACCGGGCCUUCUACCGUAUAUUCGGACACAUUUUUGCAAUAACCUAAAUUUGUUCUCCAUUUAAUCAACCAUGUCGCUUGCCCGCGCUGUUACAAAGCGUAUGAAGCGGCCAGAUGUGCCGGCUCCACCACCAGCUCGAGCCCAAAGCAUGAAGAACCCAGGACUGCAUAUCGAUAGGGCCAAAAUCUCUUCUCCAGUGGCUCUCAUCUCGACAACCAACAUGCUUUCCUACAACGCCCCAGAUAUUGCGACCUUACGACAAGUGUCUUCGUCGACAUCUUCGACUCAUUCGGCGGAUGACUCGGACCACAGCGCUUCGACCAACCGCUCACGGUCGUCUUCAAAUGGAUCUCGGGAAACCUUGACGGAUGCCUCGUCCGUGGAUUCUUCGCCCACAUCAACUACGCCGGCUCCAAACCAUCUAUCAGGAUACUUCGCCUCGGCCGGCAAAGCACCUCGACGGUCUGUGUCUUCUGGAAAUCUUCAACACAAGUCUGAACAAAUAAACGCCGUGCCAGCGAUCCCGGAACGCGCAAUCUCCCACAGCAAGCGUGCCCACGAACGUCUCGCUCAGAAGCGGUCGUUGCAGAAUAUCAAGCCCCGAAGCAGUCUUCACUCGAAUCGAUCGUCGCGAGAACACCGCACCUCGAUGGAUAUGUUCCGUGGCACAAUAGAAGAAGAGGCUCACCCCUUCGGGAAAGAGCUAGAACAGCUUAACGAAGUCGCCGAAGAGUUUGGUGGUGUAGUGCGCGACGCCGAGAUGGAUGCAGACAUGACCGCUAUUCGCGAGAAAGGUCUUGCAACAUUCUGCGCAGCAGACUAUCUUGCCGAAAUUAAGCCACUAUUCAGCGGUCGAUUCGGCAAUCCCUAUACGCCGUCACCCAUAGCCUGGAUAUAAGUCCAGUCUGGUCAAGUCAACCACGAUACCCCAAACCAAGGAGACUGGUUCUCUCGUUGUUCGUCAUUGGCCCAUCCAUACCUCGUUUGGUUCUUGCUCGAUACCUCUGUUUGGAAUUUAUUUCUUGUGCAUACAUAUUUUAUUUUCCAGCAUCCUUUUUCCGAAAGCAAU